AUGGAUACCUCAAUUGCUUCUGAGGAUACCCGAGCUGGGGGACGCUCCCGUCGUGUCUCGCUCCCGCCUGCGUACCUGCGAGCGUCAUACCAGUUGACGAUGCCGCGAGGUCGACUGUCCAACGGGAACCGUGGGGCGCCCUUACCCAAGAGCCCGAGCUUCCGCAAGAAGGGGAAGGAGGUGGUGCAGCCAGAGGAAGAUGACGGCACUGGGGCGGAGAGUGCAGAUUCGUCCGAGCGCAGCGAGGAUGAGGACGAGGAAGGCGGAGACACGUCGGCAUCAGGAUCAGGCGAAGAAUCAGCCGAGCCCGCUAAGGGGGGGAAGACGGACGACGAUGGGCGUGCGGGACCAUCCGCGGCCAACGCUGACACUCGCGCUAAUCACGACGUGGACGGACUGGUGGGACCCACACGCUGGGACACAGUGGACGCCAACAGCGAUGACCGUAAGGCGACCAGGCAGAGAGACCCGGGGCAGGGUUGUAUGAACCCGAAGCGUAAGCGUGGCGAGACGUGGAGUGGCGGGUCAGACGAUGACGGCGAGGACGACGAUGACGACACACAUGGAUCUGGUGGCCGUCAUAUGCGCACGGCCAAGUCUCCUAUUCUGCAGCGCGCCUUGGAGCAUUUGCCUGCGGACAAGGCGUGGAAGCGGGUGUGCGAGCUGGCCAGGGUGCACAUGUUUCUCAACAGGCCGACGUCGAUGAUGACCUUCUACCCGAGCAGCGACGACAAGACACACGGGGUGUGUGCGGUGCUGGACCGCCUGCCGCAUAGCUUCGCCUGUUUGGCGUUGGCGGCUGACAAGUCGCGUCGCGCUGAUCUCAACAAGACACUCUCUGAGUGGAAGACGCGGGCUGCCGCCCGCGUGCGCGACAUUGCACUUCCCAAGCUCGGCUUGUUCCGCGACGAUCGGGACGCAUCCAGCCCAUGGGCACCGGAGAAGGAACGCAGUAUUGAGAAGAUCCGGGAGCGCAUUGGGUUCGGCGCUGACCCCCCUGACCGGGAUGGCAUGCCGUUCGCCUCUCGGGCGUUCGCGACAUGUGCGAAGGCUGCAUUCAGGCCCAAGAAGGCCGGCCUGGUGAUGACGCUGAAGGUGUACCACCUGGCCUGGUUGGAGCAUGUGGUCUCCGACUGCGUCCUCUACUGGGAGCAGAGGAAAGGCCGGCUUUCCAACUCGGCCGGCGGAAACGCCCACGUUGUGGACGGCCUCAAGGUCCUGGUUAAGGAGGCCGUGGAGAGGGCGAUCAGGAUCCGCAACCCGGAGUAUGACGCGGAGCGGGAGGCGUGGAUCUGGGGGCGCCAUGGUCUGCGCAUCUCUGCGUGCGGCCUGGAGCACAUGAGGUCCGCCGGCGCAGCCCAGCCGGAGGAGCCAGUGGGGGACGACGACCUUUCGGCAUCCGUGGGGGAUGAGUAG